GGCGCGGCGCCGGCGCCCGCGGGCGGCGCGGGCGCGGGCCCGGAGGUAGAGCCGCCACCGGAGCUACGGCCGGAGCUGCCAGAGCCGUGGCCGGAGUUGCCAGAGAGCCCACAGGAAGGGCGGGGUAUCUCGGACACGGGGCAGAUGGAUCUGCUGCGGCUCCUGCAGACGCAAGAGGAUCCUGAGCCCAAGCCGGCGCCCGCGUUCAAAGGCUUCGACGAAGGCCCAGGUCGCGCGGAGAAGCCGCAGUUGCCGCCCAGCAUGCUGGCGCGCACCCUCCCUCUGCCGGGCGCAACACAGGCCGAGGCCCGGUCAGGCGGGGCGAAUGCUUUUGCGCGCAGCUCCAUUGCCGCGGCGCUGAUGCAAACCUCGCCGGAGGUGGACAUCCAUGAACGAGCAAACGAGGGGAAGGAUCCGCUGGCCGAGGAGGAGAAGGACGCUCGGCUCAUGGCAGAACCCAUGGAGGCAGACAAGGACGUCCCAGACACCAUCGAGGCGCAGGCGGCCAUGGCGCGCUUGAAUGAGACCACCUCACAGCUCCAGAACAGCAAGCUCUCCCACGGCGACGCGGCGGAGAUCUUCAGCGAGCUCUUGGUGCAGCUGCCGGCGGGGCGCCUGCGCUACAGCGCCCUGCUGAACCGCGCGCACUGCUACGUGGGCAUGGGCAAGCUGGAUGCUGCCUUGGCGGACAUCGAGUCCAUCAUUUGCCAGCAAGGCGGAGCCGACAGCUUCGAUGCGCGCAAGUGGCACAAGGUCUGGAUGAGCCGUGGCGGCAUACACCGGAAGCUGGCGCAGCUGGCGGUGGGCGCGGCCGAAAGGGACCGGCUCUUUGCGCAGGCCAGAGCCGACUACGAGCACGUACUAGCCAUUCAGCCGCCGCACGAGGGCUAUAGCGCCAAGGCGCAGCGGUGCCUACAACAACUCCGCAAAAACCGGGAUGAUGGGAGGCUGCAGGUACCCUCGCCGUCGCCGAAGCGCCGGCGCCUGGAGGCCUCCAGGAGUCGUUCCCACUCCCCGGCGCCUGGGUCGCCGCCGGCACCUGCGCCGGCGCCGUUUCUGGCGCCGUCGAAGGCGGGGUCGCCUGCUGGCACGGCGCUGGACACGGAGCCGCGGCCCAGUGCCUGCAGGGCGCUGGAGGCGCUGGGUGAAGACUGCGUCGUCGCGGGCCGGCGGCUCUUCGACGAGGGGGCGGUCAACGGCCUGGGUGGGAGGUGCUACGAGAUCGGGGCCACCCGGGAACAGGUGCAGCUACAGGUCCGUGGGGAAACCUGGGCCGGUAGCUGCAGCUGUCGUUUGCAGGGCCACUGCAAGCAUGUGGCCGCGGCCUUGUGCUUCCUGCAGCAGGAAGAGAGAGAGCAGCCGCUGGAGGCAGAGGCCGGCGCCGGCGCUGGCGCCGGCGUCGGCGAUGUGGGAGCGGACGCACCUUUCCGAAAGCGGGAGCUGGCGCGGCUGCUCGAGCGAAGGACGAACGAUGAGCUGAAAAGCUACCUCAGGCUGAACAACCAGCUCCUCAGCGGCGCCAAGGCGGAGCUCGUGCAUCGCCUGGCGGAGGCCGCCGUCUACGGAGCCCUGGCGCCCUGCCCGCGGUGUGGUGGCCACCUGCACCCAGAGGAGCCCUCGCUGGCGCCUGGCACCACGUACUUCUGCAAGCGCCAGCUGCGAGAUCGGGAGGCCUGCGGCUACCAGGCGUUGGGGCAGCACGUGGAGCGCCGGCCCUUCCUGGGAGCUGAGGAGCUCUUGCGGGGACUCCGCUGAGGUCGCUGGGCGUCCGCAAAAAAAGGCGAGCUGUGGGUCAAAAUUAGGCCA